AUGGCUUCUGAAAAGACCGAUGUUCCUGUCACCGAACGGCCUGUCGAUAAGUCGUCUCCGACAUCGUCGACCCUCGGGCAAGAGUCGAACGAGAACAAGUCCUUGUUCGAGCGAGCCACUUCUUUGUUCGAGGAGUGGUACUACGUCUGGGAGGUCUUCGGCAUCCUGAUUUCAGGCCUCGCAAUCGUCGCUAUCUGCAUGGUUGUCUCCCACUUUGACGGGAAACAAGUCCCAGACUGGGAAGCCAAGGUCCCGUACAGAAAAGAAAAGUUCAGACUGACGAUCAAUUCUCUGCUCUCCAUGCUCUCGGUUCUAGGCUCUACAUGUGCCAUGAUCCCCGUGACGAAGAGCCUGGGUCAACUGAAGUACCUGUGGUUCAUGGAGCAGGAUCGCAAACUAGCCGACCUUGAGGUUUUCGAUUCUGCUUCUCGUGGAAAGUUCGGCAGUGCCAUGCUUAUUUGGAAACUCAGGUUCAAGCAUUUAGCAGUAUUGGGAGGACUGGCGUCACUGCUAGCUCUAGCAUAUGGCCCUUUCGUACAGAACCUCCUUACAUUCAGCGUCGACUAUAAUAAGGUAAACCAAGACGCCCUCCUCUCCUAUUCAUGGGCCUAUACAGGCACAGGAGGGUCGGUUGAAGUGAUCGAAACACCACUUCAGUAUGCGGUUGGUGAGGCAUUGCAAGACGCAUCCGUCGAUUGGGCUGUUCCUGCGCUCAAGUGCAAAACAGGCGACUGUUACUGGGACCCUUAUUACACCAUCGCAGCCUGCAGCCGCUGCACAGAUAUCAGUCAUCUUCUUACACGCACCUGUACCCCGGUGGUCACGAACCAAGACGACUUCACUGAAACGGGAGGGUGCAAUGUAGCAUUGCCUAACGGCCUUUCUCUCAACAGCACUGGCGCGGACUAUCCCCAUAGAGUUGUCAUGUUGAUGAACACCACGAUGUCCCCCCUUGCUUCCAACUACUCGUCACCAUUGGCCUUGGUUCAAUCCAUCGCGGAGUAUCCCUCUGAGGGCUCCACGCUAUCGAAGCCCUUCAUGAUCACAAAGGACUCGCCGCUUUCUGCUCACGAAUGCGCGAUUAUCCCUUGCGUCCAGCAACAGAACCUCAAGAUUAACCCCCAGGAAGCCGAGACCAGCGGCAACUCAUUGCGCUCCGACAAUGGAGUCAUACCCUCUCUUAACAUCACUCAGCAGUGGGACAACUACUACAAGGAUCCUUCGGGAGGCUAUGUUUAUAUCACUUUUGACGACCCCGGCGUCAACAAAAACAUACCAGCUCAGCAAAAGGAUUCGUAUGGCUCGACGCCCUACAUGGAACCAGCUGCAUACGACGCUUUGAAGAAAUACCUUGCGGAAGAGCUCACUCGCACUAUCUACUCCCAUACGGUCAACGGAACUUGGACAUCCCCAUACUGCGAUGGCAACGGAACAACUGCCAAGCAGACCGGGGUUGUAUGCGGUAUGAACAAGGCGGCCGCAGGACUCACCAACGCCUUCAGGCUCCAGACAUGGCAGAUGAUCGAUUCCCCGAAUCGCCUCAAUGGCACGACGAGGGCACCCCAGCAGAUCUGCAAGGCUCAAUGGCAGUACGUCUCUGCGCCCAUCGCCGUCUGGGCACUCGGGCUGGUGUUGUUUAUCGGCGUCGUGAUCAAGACCCGCCGGGCGAACAUCAAGGCGUGGCGUACCAGUCCGCUUGCCACGCUGCUCCUGCGGCUGGACCCGGACAGCCGCGAGCAUCUGAAGGACUGGCAGAUAAUGGGAGACGCGGAGUUGAAGGAUGCGGCGAAGGAGCUACGGCUCCAGCUCCAGAUGGACGAGAGCGGACCGCGAUUCGUGAGGAGAACUGAUGGACCGUCUAGCUGA